GCUGUACGUCUACGGCCACUGGCCCCUGCCAGCACUGCAGACCAGAGGAACCAGCCUCUCAACGGUGGAGUCCACCCCAGGCACUCUAGAAUCCCCCUCGAUCCGGACAAGUGUUCCUCUGUCUGUUCUUCCGCGAUGUCCUCGUCCCCGGUCAAGACCACCCACACGCAGACUACCGUCACGAAGACGCACGUGCACUCGCAUGAACCCAGCAUCGCCGGCGAGACGACCAAGAAGACGGUGACCACGACCACCAACAAGACGUACGUGUUCACGUCCGAGUCGGGUGAGGAGAUCGUUCUGGACCUCCGAAAUGCGGCCACCACGCGCCCGCACGCUCGCAAGAUUAAAGGCUCCAUCGUCACUUCCGAGUUCACGCAGAGCUCGUCUAUCUUCGUGUUCGAAUAUUCGUCAGAAGGCACGGGCGCGUCGGAGCACACCGAGAUUUUCGUGCCGUACAUCCACUUCCCGGGCGGUUACCGCGUGACGGCGUCAGACGGUCACUGCUCCAUCGAGAAGCACGAGGGCUACGACAUUAUCAAGCACGAGCACGACAACGACGCGCACAAGCACCGCAUUGUGGUGGAGAAGACCAAAAAGGUGGUUGCGAAGAGCUCGCGGUUCGCCUGGAUGGGCCACAACAACAUCCCAGUGUAUGUGGCGCUGGGUAUCGCUGUUGUCACGCCCUACCUGACGUGGUAACUCGCUCGCUGACGAGAGGAUAAGGUGCCAUAACAUACUAUAGCCUCACACAAGUACUCGACAUAUACCUACCAAACAGCGUUCUGUCAUUAGUAGGAUUGAUGCGAUCAAUAUAAUACUCAUCCGUCCUUGUAGUUACUGG